CCUGUGUCAUCAUCACAAAUGGCAGUCUGCAGUGCGAUCUGUUAAGCAAUAACACGUGACGUCACAAUCAGACAGCUUUCUUUUUAAAUGAGUACGAGAAGGAAUUGUUUUGCUCCUAUGUCAUCACCAAUGUCAGUCUGCAGUGCGAUCUGUCAAUUAAACACGUAACAUCACAACAGACAGCUUUCUUUUUAAAUGAGUACGAGAGGGAUAGAGAUGGAAGAGUUGGACCGAGAAGAGAUGGAAGAGUUGGACCGAGAAGCUCUUAUUGAAACGGCUAGAGACAAUACAAGACAACUGGCACAAGAGAUCGCCUCACAUUCAAGUAUCGAAUCGUUUCUUCAGGAUGAUCUUGUUCGACUCAAUAUUCGACCAACAAAUGCCACCAAACUUGAGCAAGCAACACUCCUGGAGUAUAAGUAUGAUAUUGAUGGUGUAGUAGUCGAAUUGAAUAAUUUAUCAGCCUUGUCUUCACCAAUUAACUAUAUUCGUUUCAAUCCUUGUAAGGGAAGCAUGCAACCCGCUUAUCACUUAUUAAAAAAACAUGUCAAUCUGCAAUAUUACAGUGCUAAUGGGUUGAAACGCUUAAUGAAUGUUCAUGCCUUGCAUUUGUGUUAUCCUCGGGAAUGGAGGAUAUCCGUUUGCGUAUUGCCAAAUCCAGGUUACAAUGCCUCUGAUUUCUCAAGCAAGGCGCAAGCUUUGACAACUACCUUAUCAUUCUUUCAACGAGUGAAGACCCACUUUGUUAAUAUCAUAACUUCCUUACCAAAAGAUGACAAUAAUCGGCCUACUAUCCAGAAAAACAGUAUGCAUGACAUUUCCAAUUAUAAUGUGCUACACCAAGAUCAACCGUUCAUUCUUUCCUGUUUCGAUAGGGCUCUUCAAAUGUCUUGUAUUGACCCUAGUAAAAUGAUGAAAAUAAUUGCCACACAGUUUGGUCAAAAGAGCAACGUUCCUUUGAGGCUCUCUGACUAUUUUGAUACAACAUCCAUCGGUGAAACUAGUGUCCACCAUGCUGUUACCAUUUCAGCUUCGGACUACAAUACCCACCUUUUGUGGUCGAGGCAAGGUAUUCAAGAGCUCAUUAAUGACCGGGGCACAGUAUUCAGUGCUCUUUCCUUUUACGAGGCCGUUAAUUUCCAAACAAAUAUAGACAAUAGACGAAUAGAUAUAUCGGGUGAGUUACGGAACGUAUCAAAAUAUCCUGCACAGAUUACUUUUUUGCAGAUGUAUGCUGACACGCCCCACUGCAGGACUGAUCAUGUGCGCCCUCACCCAGUUUCAGGGCUUAUUGCCUGUUGCAAGUUACUGCAUCCCAGUACAACCAGGGCAAUGCAGAGGAAUGCUGUGAAUUACAUGCAGAGCAUGAGGGAGAAUGAAAUUAAGCUUUUAAGGGAUAUCCCAUGUCGUCUGGAAAUUGUAACGAGACUAUUUCCACACCAAGUACCACAGUCAAUUGAGGCGUUAGACCUCUUUGAUGAGGAAGUUCUAAUGUCGAUCUGUGAAAAUAAACCCUUGUUUGUUCCAUUCCAUGAUUGUAACAGUGAAGAUGAUAACCAUUCUUUCACAAAAAUCAUGAAACGCCUUGCUAGCUAUGUGAACGAUACACUGUCAACAUUGCAUGAACAAAGUCAACAUCGCGGCGGUUACAUGGCAUCAUGGAAGGCAUACCAAAUGGAGCUUUGCGCCGAAAAGCUAUUCUGGGGCAGGCCGAUGGUUCCGAAUGAUAAUAUUAUUUCAAUUAAUUUAGGGCCCGGUGCAAUCUAUGACCAGAGGAGUGUGACCAACAUCAGGGGUAUUCUGGGUAUUUCUCCAGCAAAUAGUUCGUCAUUACCUGAUAGGCCACCUCCACUCAAUCACUGGACGCACUCCCGUAUUCAACAAGAGAGAGUAAAUAGACUAUUCGCAUUCUCCGACAGCCUUCAUGCUGGGGACGUCGUUAUUGGUAGGAGUUUGCUCAUGAUUCUGUUUGGUGAUCUAUACAAUAGUGAUGUUUUUUCAAUAGAAAGCUUCACACGUGAUCACCCUGUCCCACCAAUGCAAUGUUCAGGAAGCAUCUCCCUCGAACAAUUAGCUCAUGAGCUUAUUAUUCGUUCCCGUUUUCCUUUUCCAUUCGCGUUUGGUAGAGCACUUGAAAUGCUAUCGAUAUCAAGCAUCGAUGCUCUCAGAGUGAUUAAGGCAGGUGUGGUUGAGUUAAAACUCACUCAUUUUCCAGCCUUGCAAUUCAGAGAUGAAUCGAAUCACCAGAGGGCGCAAUGGAACAGGAAAGCUGCUUGGCAGAUUAUCUUUCCAGGAGGUAAAGAGUCCACAAGUGCAAAAGCAGCAUCUUUGUCUGCAGAUGUACUGGUAAAUCUUGAAACAAGAAAGCUUACUUUUGCGAGGAAUCUGGCAGUGUUUAAAGAUACAGGAAUGCCUUGGAUGGUCCCGGUGGUUUCAAGACUGGCACAUCUGGACUUGGAUCGGAGACAGAUGACGGAUAUUUGCGUCUUUGUCAGUGGUGCAGCGCUCAUACAACAGUCUAUAUACGUAGAUUAUAAUAAGUUAUCGUACUUAGAACUAGACCUUGCUCUUCCACAAAAGAGGCUACAGAGCCUAGAAAUCCUGUCCAACAGCCUGAUAGCUGGUAUUAACCGCAUGAAGGUUUACAGACUCCAUGAAAGGAUCCCAUACAAGGUUCCUAAACCACAACCUUUAGUGAAUCCUAGAUCUUCGGUACGGCAGACAUCUGCCGCAGGUGUACCCGAAGCCCCAGAAGAAAACAUCAAUCCAUCAGAGGAUUAUGAUGAAGUUGGGGUGCAGCAAGAUGUAACUGUCAUGGAAAUUCGAAACCUUCCUGCAAAUUACCGAAGGCCAUGGUCAACGAGAGAACUUGAACUCCUCCAAGCAUCUAAUCACGCCGCCAAGGGCUCACAAAUUCUUGCAUAUAAAGAAUAUGUUAGAAUGUGCACGGAGAAUAGGAUACCAACUAGAAGCUGGAAUGCCUUUGAGCACAAGUCGAGGCGCCUAUAGUUGAUCUUCUUAUAUUUUUGCUUACUUAUGUUGUCAGAUACAUUACCCUUUUCUUCAUUCGUGAAAAAGGGAAUGGUAUUCGCCCAUUCAGACGGAGAUUUCAGACAGUGGGAGAUCGAGUCUCUCCUGUUGUUAGGAUAUGUGUAGCAAGGUUCCUUUAUGUUGUUCAUUUUUUUUUAUAGAAGCGCAAUAGCUUGUAGCUUUUUGGUCAAAUUGAUUUUCACAUUCAACAGCUGGAGUUUUGGUUAUUGUUUGUUUUUGUCCAAGCAGUUUAUACAAUAACUUUUAUAAGAUAUCGAUUUCAAAUUACUCGAGUAUGGAUAUAGAGUAAUUCAUGAUGUUCCCUGCAAAAAGAUUGUAAAAACUAGACAUUAAUUCAUUCAUUCCAUUCGAUUCGGAUCCUUGUUUUUAUUUGACAACAAAUCACGAAUCCGUCCAAGCGAACCACUGGCCUGCCUUCCAGCACGCUGGGGGCCCACAAUGGAACAAACAAGGGGUUGAUUUUUCGUCUUUAUUCCCGACUUUGUAGCUUUUUGUUGGUUCCCUAGUAAUAUUUAAAAUCUAUUUCAUGAAGAUAAAUGUUAGUCGCACAUUUUCCGGGCUUCAUUUUUAUAAGAUAGCACAGACACAUGUGACCAGAUUGAUCUUCCAUCUCAUAUUUGUAAAAUUCCAGCAUUGUGAGUAUUGUUUUUUUUCUUCUGAUUCUCAUUAAUGCCUAUUCAGACACGUUUCCAGGUUGUACGUGCAGUGAUGAUGUAUAAAAUGAAGAGUUUAGUUGCAAUAGGGGUUAGGUCCACUUUGGACCAUUCCGAGAAAAACCAUGUUUUUUAUUCUCACUUAUUGAAAUAUUCUUAUUAGAAAUUAAAUUGCCAUGUUGUACUUCCCUAUCAUGUGAACAUAUAAUUGGGCUUAAAAGAAAUCUACCUGUCUUCAUUUUUUUCUAAAUGUUUUUCUUUUUUAAUUAUCAUUGUGGACCUAACCCCUUUUGCAAGUAAACUGAAAUUAAUCCAAUCUCUUUUGAUUAAGAAAGUGAUUUUUCUUUGCCACUUUCAUUCAAUGUUUUCAUUUCAAUUUCAAAUUGCCUCUGGUAUCAUCAGAGUGACUAAAAAUUUAGAGGAUUAAAGACAGAAAACAAUAGAAUUUGACAAAUGAGUUCUUCAGAUGCGUUUAGUCGCAAAAAGGGUUAGGUCCACUCCAAGAAAGGCAUUUGUUAAUUCUUCCAUAUUGUAAUAUUCUUAUGGGAAACUGAAUUUUCAUUAUACCCUGCCACGAGAACAUAAAAUUUGGUAUAACAGAAAUCUACCUGUCUUCAUAUUUUUUAAGAUAUUCUUUUCUAAAAAAAACUGUGCGGACCUAACCCCUCUUGCAACUAAACUGAAAUGGACCUGACCCCUUUUUAAAAAAGUGAUUUUUCUUUGCCAUUUUGUUUCACUUUUUAAUAGGAAUUUAAACUUUUCCUUGGUAUCAUCUUAUAGAGCUAUUCAUUAAAAAAUAAAAAUCAAAUUUGAUGAAAAGUGGACCUAACCCCUUUUGCAAGUGGGCUUUUCAAAUAAUGCAUGACACGGCACCAGCCUACUUACAGAAGAUUUUUUUACAAAAUAAAAGCUCAAUAUAUAUUCACAGUGCGAGGCGUGCCUUAAGGGAUACAAUGUGUGUAACUGUUUCUCGAAACAUGUACCCAAAAUGUUUUUAAUUGAUGAUGAAGUUUAUAUGAACCGCAGGGAGAAAUAUGAAUAUCAACUAAAACAAAAAUGAAUUGUCGCACUGGUUGUGACACGUAGUAGUGAAAAAAUAAAACAUCAACUCUUGGAAACAAGCAAACUUUUAAGGGACGCUCCAUUUGAUACCCAUGAGGGGGAAGGGGGCUUGGAAGUUUGGGUUGAUGCAUUUCCCCCCUUCUUUCAGCAUUUUUUCCCUUUGUCCAUUGAAACAAUUAUUAUUUAAGCUCGCGCAUCGCUCAUGCAUCGACUAUUGAAUUAUACACCCGUCUUGUUCAUGAUUGCAAAACGAGCUAAGAAUGUCCAGUUUUCAUUUCUGAAAAUAAAAAAGUUUAGCUCGCGCUUCGCACUAGCAUUAAGUAUUCAGAUUCGUUUCCAUUCUGUUCAUGGUUACAUUGCUUUGAAUGUCCUGUUUUAGGAUUAAAUCUGAGAAUGCAAAAUCAGCUAGCGCAUCUCUGAAAUAAAAAUAUAAAGCUCGCGCUUCCCAAUCGCAUCAAUUAUUAAGAUACGUACACAUUUUGUUCAUGGUUAAAUUACUUUUAAUGUCUUGUCUUAGUAUCGAAUCUAAGUAUAAAAAAAUCAACUCACGCUUGGCGCUGUAAUACAAAGUUCUUAUUAAAAAAGGGCUGGAACUGUCUAACUUUGGAGUCUGAAUAUAGAAAAAAAGAAAAUCAAAAUAGAUACCCAUCAUCUUUAUGAUUGCAAACAGUAAAUAACCUAUCCUGAUUUCGAUCAGAAUUCCCAAAAAUUUUCUUCUCGCUCUUCGUGCUCGCACCAUUUAAUUGUUGAAAUAUAUAUUCAGUUCAUGGGGCAUUGCAAAUAGUCACUAAUAUAUUUCUUUUAGGUCUGUAUAUUACUAAUUUCAAUUCAACUUCGAGCUCGUAUGAAUUUUUAGUUAGUUAUGCAUAUUGUUUAUGAUAACAAAAAGUGAUUACAUUGUCCAUGUAUGUAUCCCAUUCAAGAGUCAUUGCAAACGGGUAUUUUUGCAGGUCAGUAUAUUCGCCUUUGCGUGAAUCGUUUAGUUAGAUAAGCAUCUUGUUCAUGAUUACAUAAACUGCCCAGAAUCUUCAAAAUGUUUGCAAUUAAAUGUUGCAUUAUGCUGUUACCAUGGAAAAGCUGUUUCAAAAAAAGUUUGAAAGGAGAUUUGAAAUUUUAAAUCCUUGAUUCAAUGAUAAUAAUUUGAUAUCAUUGAUGUAUAGUCAUCCUAUUUACUGGUUGCUGAUUAAAAUACGUUUCCUACUAACCGUUUCUAUGAUAAUUUGAGUUCUUUUUGACAACACCCUGGAAAUGUUUGGAAUUUUAUUUUGAUUAUGUGUGCCAAGUUCAUGCCUAAUCCGAACAUUGAUACAUCUCGACUACUGUUUAUUUAAUGUCUCCGUCUUAUCUAUGUCAUUGAAUCACCGUUGUUAUAACGCCAAUUUGCCUGUUUGAUUUUCCUUUGUAUGUGUGUUUCAACCAGCAUUCUCAUUUGUUGUUUAACCCAAAUAAAUUAUAAUUAUUGUAAUAUGAAAUUGUAUUGUGUGCUGAGUAUAAUUAUCCAUUAUAUGGUUAUCUUCAUUAUUUUCUU